UAUUAUAUAACAUUUACGACGUACGGUGUGUCCGUUGACAUUGUCUCAAAUAAAUAGUUGUCCGCCUUCGAUGGAUUUUCUUGGCAUCCAUGCCAAAUUUGUCUCUUUUUUAUAUAUUUUGCACAAAGCUUUCCAGCAUUGGAAUUAUUCAGAAGGAUUGUAUUUCUUUUACAAAGAAAACUUCAUUUUCGAACAUCACGCCUUUUCCUGGUUUCUAAUGCGUUACACUUGGGCAACACUAGUAGCUAGCAUUUGUUGCCUGAAUGCCUGCCAGGCAACCAAGCAGGAAUGUCAGGGGAUGCAGGUGUUUCAGAGCAUGUUCACUGAAGUAAGGCAGAAGGCAGAAGAAUUAGCAGCGAUGAUACAAAUCCUCCAAGGAAAACUUGACAGCUCCGUGGAUCUGAACUGUAGUGGUAAUGCAGUCGGGAAUAGAAAGAACGUGUUGAAGUUAAAUGUAACUUACUACCACUUUGAGUAUGGUACAUGCAACCUCACCCAGAGCAGGGACGACAGUUCGGACUGGGUACUAGACAACACUUAUCCAGACCAUACCAUGAGAUCCAAAAUGGGUCAUACUUUGAGGACCUACAGACCCGGAAAUUACUUAAUGCGAGUGACUACACGAACCUUCAACCCAGCCAAUGCAUAUUGCAUUCGCUUUUACUACCGAGCAGAAAGUCGUGCUUAUGGAAAGCUGAAUGUUUAUAUACAAGAAGGUAACCUGAGGGGUAUUUCCGUCUUUUCCUUGACUCACGUCCCGUCUAAGAGUUGGACACUAGCAGAAUUCAGCCCCAACCCCGAGUAUCUCAGAAGACCCUUUCAGAUUGUGUUGGAAGCUGAGCAUCUAACUCAAUAUGUGUAUGUGGAUGAUCUGAGUGUGUAUAAUGCAGGUUGCUCAAGUGAAGGUGUCCAAACGCCCAUUUGCCCACCAGGAUCUGUAGUAAACAAUGUGAUGGGCAGAACGACGUGUUACGUGUUCCACAUGGAAGCGAAGACCUAUAAGGACGCCAUGCUAACCUGUAAAUCACUCUGGCCUCAGGCGAGUCUGGUAUCCAUCGAAUCGCCUAUAGAACAGCAAUUCAUAUCCCACAUGAUUAACCAGUCUGAUGACAUGUCGAUGACCUCGGAAUUCGGACUAUGGACAAGCGGAAACGAUUUUGACCAUGAAAACUCUUUCACUUGGAGCGGGCAGACUCACCUCAUCAAGUUCAAUUACACCCAUUGGUAUCCGGGGCAGCCCAAUAACAUCGCGGGGGAACAGGACUGCGUGGUUAUACUGUACCCUAAGCAGAACCAUGAAUGGGGGGACGUGUCCUGCAAUGAACGGCAUUCGUUCAUCUGCGAGAUUAAUUUCUAACUAUAAGUAAUGGGAGCAGUAGUGAGUUGACGUAAGAAUUUAAACUGAGACUGCUGUGAACUCGAAAUCCGAUUCUCAAUUUUUGUCAAAAAUAUUUAUUGCAGAAUAUUAUAUUUUCAGCUACUCGAUAUAUACUAUUAGUAAACUUGAAACUGAUUUCAUAGAAUUUAUAUUGGAUUUAACUUUUAAAUUGUAAUUCAAUAUUACAUGUAUUUUCUAUAGUAGAAAAGAAAUUCACAUAAUCAUCACCUGUAUUUAAACAAAUACUGAUAUGCUAUCAAUGGCAAUCUAUUUGCGCCUUGCUUAGAUAUAAUAAACUUGCAUGAAUAUU